GGAAGCGGAAGCGUGGCCGCCGUUCCCGCCGCGGUUGCCGAGCGGCGGCCGCUCCGUCCCGUCCCGCCCGCGGCCAUGAGCGCGGCCGGGCUCGUGUCCGCGCCGCCCGCAGCCCCGCCGGGGCCGCCCGCCCCCACCAUGGCCCCCGCGCCCGACUACUACGAGGAGGAGGAGCUGGAGAGCGCCGAGGAGGAGGACGGCGAGCGGAGCGCCCGGGCCCGCGACUCCGACGAGGACACCGAGGAUGCCAGUGAAACAGACCUGGCAAAGCACGAGGAGGAGGACUUUGUAGAAAUGAAAGAACAGAUGUAUCAGGACAAACUGGCAUCUCUGAAGAGGCAGUUACAGCAGCUGCAGGAAGGUACUCUUCAGGAAUACCAGAAAAGGAUGAAAAAGUUGGACCAGCAGUACAAAGAAAGGAUAAGAAAUGCAGAACUGUUCCUGCAGCUGGAAACAGAUCAGGUGGAGAAAAAUUACGUGAAGGAAAAGAAAGCAGCAGCAAAGGAAUUUGAAGAUAAGAAAAUUGAGCUUAAGGAAAAUCUGAUAGCAGAGUUGGAAGAGAAGAAGAAGAUGAUUGAGAAUGAAAAGCUAACCAUGGAAUUAACAGGAGAUUCAAUGGAAGUGAAGCCCAUUAUGACGAGGAAACUGAGACGGCGACCAAAUGAUCCAGUUCCUAUCCCAGACAAGAGGAGGAAACCUGCCCCUGCUCAGCUAAAUUAUUUGUUAACUGAUGAGCAAAUAAUGGAGGACCUAAGAACGCUGAAUAAGCUUAAAUCACCCAAGAGACCAGCCUCCCCCUCCUCUCCUGAGCACCUCCCAGCUACACCAGCAGAGUCUCCAGCACAGCGAUUUGAAGCUCGGAUAGAAGAUGGCAAACUCUACUAUGACAAGAGAUGGUACCACAAGAGCCAAGCUAUUUACCUGGAGUCUAAAGAGAACACGAAAAUCAGCUGUGUGAUCAGUUCUGUGGGUGCCAAUGAGAUCUGGGUGAGGAAAACCAGCGACAGCACCAAGAUGAGGAUCUACCUGGGGCAGCUGCAGCGGGGCGUGUUCGUGAUCCGCCGGCGCUCGGCCACCUGACUCUGCCCUGUCCUGGUUUCUGUCGGAUCACCAAACCUCUGCCAGGGGCUCACAGGCUGCUCACUCCUCCCAGCAGCAGGGAACAGUCCUGACCUCUGACAAGACACUUUGUGGCUGGCCACAUAAUCCCCAGUAGUCCUUAAACCUUUAGUGAUGCCUAAGCACUGCCCAGGACUAUUUCUGGAUUUUGCAUCAAGCUUCUGUACGCUCUCUUUGUAUUUUGGGUGACUAUUUGAGAAGACUUGGCAUCAUCCUCCUUUUUGUUGUUGUUUCGUGGUGCACAGAUGGGACUCGUGUCAAAAACAUCAUCAUCAUCAUGUUUCUGUUGGGAGUCAGACCAGUGGAAGAAGCUUUGCUUGUCAAGACCUGAGGUUAUUUGUGCUUUUUGGUCUUGUUUUCCUGCAAGGCUCAGGAUUUUGGGCAAAAGAUUCAUCCUGCCAGGUUUCAGCUGCAGCUAAGAGAUGCCUCCAGAGUACCUGGUGCACAACAUCAGCUUUACUGGAUGGACUGUUGAAAGACUGGAGACUUUUUUAGGAUGGUGUGAACAGCUCAGAAACUGCUGAAAUACAGUGAUUUUAAUGUAGCUCAGAGUCACGUGUAGUUAGUCAGAAGCUUCCAUUUCUCUUCACAUUAAAAAACCCUUCAAUGAACAAGCAGAGUAUGUCUGUUUGCUGAUCUAAUUAGCUGGGAUAGGUGGAUGACUAAAUUAAAGGAAUAAUUCCCUGGAUUUUGUAGAUAGCAAGGCUGUAUGAACUCUGUGUGUGUGUCUAUAACCACUCAGAGAUGUAAAGAGGCAAACGAUCAAUUUCACUUUUUCCACUGAUGCUCAGAAUCACAGCUUAUGGUGGGAUCCUGCUGACAGGAGAUCUGUAGUAUCCUCCCAAGGAUCCUGGCAGAAUAGGAGGUGGCCUUGACAUGCUGUUAGAUGGAAUCUUCAUUCCCUGAGAUGUUCUGCAAAGAGCUCCUCUUGAAGACUGUUUUGAUUGCUGGAGGUAACACUGGGUUUCUACACUUGCCCUCCUGCAGCACAAGUGAAAAUGCCCAAAUAAUGACAUUAAGGUGCUCCCUAGGUGUUUAAAGAUCUGCCUCUGGCAUUCCUUUAUUAUUCCCAGUCAUUUACUGAUGGCUGGAAGAACCAAUGCCAUGUGUGACUGCCUUGACAGGGGCCACCUGGUGCCCUGGCAGUGCUGUCACAUCUCUGCCUUCUGUGCAGAACAACUUAGUGCUCCUUUUGAUUACUAGUCAAAAAGUUGUAAAUUCUGUCUUUCUGACUCUCACUUUGAGGCAUCUUCUGGUUUUGCUUUUGAGCUGCCUUCUUGUUAACGUGCAUCCAGCCUUUCUUUGGUAUGUGGGUUAAUGGAGUCCAGGGAAGGGAGCUGCAGUGGCUGUGCCCGUUCCUUUCCUGCAGUUGGGUGGCAGUCACAUCCCAAAAACUGAUGCGUGGGUCUGGAGUGGAGUGUGAUGGCUGAGCUCCUGAUGUGACUGAGACACCUGACUUGUUUUUUGCUGAUUUUUGAGGAUCUGGAGCUCUGGCAAGAAAGGAGAGGGUGUUUCCCACCCUUGACAAUGUGCCAUCUCUGCUGCAGCUUAGGCAGCCAAAUGCAGCAGGCUGGAUUUUGUCAAGUUAACAGCUUACUUAAUAUAAGUAAGUGCAUUCUCUGCACGUGUCACAGGUUUUUGAUAAGGUGAUGAUGUACCAGACAGGAUUUGUCACUGAGUCUUUAAAUGAACAUCAUCCUAAUAAUAAAAAGUGCUAAGGAAGUAGCAGGAUUUAUUUCCUGUCUGUAUCACUUUAUCAAUACAUAAAUUUGUGGGAAUUGCUGGUGACUUGAGCUCAGUGUUGGGCGGAUGCUUUGCCAGCUGCCAUCUGCUGCUGUGGUGUCCCCUGUUCUGGGGUAAUUUUGGGAGUUAACAGAAGUGUGCCUGGGAUGUCACUGUGUGUGGGACAGGAGAGGGGCUCCAUGAACCCAUGGUGAAUCAGGGCACUGCCUCCUCAUGGGAGUUGGCAAACCCCGAUCUCAAACUCUUCCGCACCAAUCUUAUGCCUGCAGGAGGGAUGUGUGAGGUUUGUACAACUUCCUUCUGUCAGAAUUCCUUGCCAGUUUCCCCAGUGCCCCUGGGUCAGCCUCUGAACUGCUAAUUUCUGCUUUUGGCAGUCCUGUCGUUGCACCGCUGCAAAUGGCUCAAACUGAACUGCUACACUGAAGGAAUUUUGUUUAUAGGCCGCUUCAUCCUCAGUUUCUUACUGAAAUGAAAAUCUGCCUUGCCUCUGUCGAUCACCAUAAAGAGCAGCUGUGUCUCACAGAGUACAUGAAUAUUGUAGCCUGGAUUUUUUAUCCUGGCAGGCUGUUCUGUAAUGGCCUGAGCCAUUUGUGAGGCUGGAAGUGAUAAAGUGCAUGCAGUGCUUUGCUGUGCACUCAGGGAAGCAACUGCUUUUCUUUUUUUUUUUUUUUUUUUUUUUAAUCCUAAAAGGAUGCACAAGUAGUUCUGUGGUGAGGAUGAGGCAUGUGGAGAUCAAGAGUGGAGACAUCAGCUGUAGAACUGAAGAUUUCCUGCCAGGGGUUGGAAAAAUAGAGACAAGUUAGUCAAGGAGAUGGACAAGGUCUUGCUUGAAUUCUAGGAGAAAAUUGGCUUUUCUGUCUGCUCUUUGCCUGCUUAUCAUCAGUCUUGAAAGAUCCCAACUCUCUGGACAGAAAGAGCUUUACUGCAGGUAUGAAACAAUUUAAUCCUCAUUAUGAACAGCAUUCAAAACAAAUUUAGGGAAUGGCUUUAACUCGUCACCACAGUAAUUUUAAUGAAAGGUGAACCUUCUGCCAAAAAUAGACUUUUAUUGAGGGUUAAAUUGCAGUUGGCUGAGUCAUAUUAAGCAUUUUUUUAAUUGCCUUGAGAAAUGGACUGUGAUGUUGAUAUGUACAAAAUAAAAAAGACAUUCCCCGCCCAGCCAUUAGAUGUUCCAAUGGAAGGAAGCCAGAUCAGGGAGCCAACUUCCAGGGGUUUUUUGACAUCAUUCUCAACAGAAAGGUUUCCAAAGAGGCUUUUUUCAAGGACAAAUGCUAAUAGACAAAAUUGGCUUUUUUAGUUUAUAUGCUCUGCCUGGAAUUUUGUAAAGAGACAAAGGGAUUUAAUGACAGAAACCUUAAUUGUUUGCCUUGUUUUUUGUAAAUUUCUAGGGAACUUAAAGAAAAUAAAGGUUAAAAGAGCAA